AUGAUAGGAGAUGAAAGAAAACUAGUGGCAGGAAUUGGCAUUACUUGGACAGAUGAAUUUCCUAAUAUUUCAGUGGGAUACAGUAUUUGUGCUAAAAGUAGCCAGGUAGCAGAAUUAGCUGCUGUAUACCAAACUGUUAAGAUUGGUAUAGAGCACAAUAUCAAAGAAUUUGUUAUAGUUACUGAUUCAAAUUAUGUCCGGAACAGUUUUGUAGAAUAUAUGCCCACAUGGAAGAGGAAUCACAUGUUACGGUCCAACAAUAAACCGGUGAAACACGGCAAGUUGUUUUGUGCCAUAGACGAAUUGGUCCAAGGUAAUGAGUUAACCGUUUAUUGGAUAAAGACUAAAGGUCAUUCCAAAACCCAGAAUAUAGAUAAAGAGGGUAAUGACCUAGCUGAUAAACUGGCUAAACAAGGAGCCAUAAAUGGUGACCAUGUGGAUAUAGAUUAUUUCCUAGAGAUGAUUCCCAUUGAUGCUAUCACUAGACAACAAGCUAGAGUCCAAUCUGAAAAUAGUGUAGCUCAAUGA